UCUACGUAUAUGAUGUCUAUGAGCUGGGCUGCUGCAGUCCUAACCUACAGACGCAGACAUCAACGAGCUACUUUAAACCAGAAAACUAAUCCUUUGUUUGUUUUUGUUUUAUUCAGGAACUGUUCUCACUGGUAUGAUGGUGAACUGCGGUCUGCUCAAUAACAGGAAGGAAUCAGUUCCUCUGAAGAGCAAUGAAGUUCAGCUGGAGGUGAAGGACCAUGUGGCUACAGUGGUCUCCACUCUGAACUACGAGAACAUGGAGGACAAACUACUAGAGGCUGUUUUUGUCUUCCCUCUGCCUGGAGAUGCUGCUGUGUGUCAUUUCAGUGCUCAGAUUGGACAGACACACAUUGUAGCUGAGGUGAAGGAGAAACAGCAGGCUCUGGAGGAGUAUGACGAUGCUCUGAGCUCCGGUCAGCAGGCCUUCCUGUUGAAGGAGAGUGACCAGAGUCCAGAUAUCUUCUCUCUGAGUGUGGGCAGCCUGCCUCCAGGAGAGAGCGCCUCCAUCAGGCUGGAGUACGUCACUGAGCUGGCUGUACAGGCUGAUGACGGACUGAGGUUCUGUCUGCCUACUGUGCUCAACCCUCGGUACCAUCCUCGGGGUAAUGAAUGUUUUAGGGUCCAUAUGACCUCAGUUCCAGCCUCUCUGGUGCCCUACAGUCUGUCCUUCUCUGCCCGAGUGUCCUCUCCUCGUCCAAUCACUAAAGUAGAGUCCAACUGUUCCCUGGAGCCUCUUGAGUACCUCAACGCUGAUCAAACUCAGGCCACGGUUAAGUUGGCUGCAGGACACAAGUUUGACAGAGACGUUGAACUGUUGAUUUAUUACAAAGAUGCCCACCAGCCCACUGCUGUGGUGGAGGCAGGACAGGCCUCUGCCAAACCUGGUUCUCUGAUGGGUGAUCCAGUGGUGAUGGUGAGCCUGUACCCCGAGUUCCCCCAAGAUGUGAUAUCCUCACUCGCCUCCCGUGGAGAGUUUGUGUUCUUGAUGGAUCGAUCAGGAAGUAUGAAUUACACUCGCAUUAGCAGUGCAAGGGACACUCUGCUGCUGCUGAUGAAGAGCCUACCAAUGGGCUGCUACUUCAACAUCUACAGCUUUGGAUCACGGUUUGAACACAUCUUUCCUACGAGUGUAGAGUACAGUGAGAAGACCAUGGAGGAGGCUCUGAAGGAGGUUGAAAAGAUGGAGGCUAAUCUUGGAGGAACAGAGAUUCUUCUGCCUCUCAAACACAUUUACGCCCAGCCCUGCAUUCCUAAACAGUUUCGACAGCUGUUUAUCUUCACUGAUGGAGAAGUGGGAAACACCAAAGAAGUUAUUGAUCUUGUUAAGAUGAAUGCGGCCACCCACAGGUGUUUCUCUUUUGGGAUUGGAGCAGGUGCCAGCUCUGCUCUCAUCAACGGGAUGGCCAAAGAGGGAGGAGGACACGCUCAGUUCAUCACUGGGACUGACAGGAUGCAACCAAAAGUGAUGCAGUCUCUGAGGUUUGCUCUGCAGCCAGCUGUGGAGGACAUUUCUGUCUCUUGGGAUUUACCAAAGGGAGUGUCCUCCACCAUUCUGUCUCCACCCAUUACAGCUAUCUUUCAGGGUCAGAGGUCACUGAUUUAUGCUCAACUCACUGGACAGACUUCAGAGGCAACAGAUGGCUGUGUGACGGUGAAGUACAGCCUGGCAGGUCAUCCCUCUCAGAACCAGCUACACUUCAAUCUCAAACCUGCAGAGGACACUGGAUUAACAGUCCACAUGUUGGCUGCUCGCACUGUGAUUCGCUCCCUGGAGUCAGAGCAGAGGACACACAGUGGACAGCAGGAUGAAGAAGUGAAGAAGAAGAAGGUGGUGGAGCUCAGUGUCCAAUCAGGAGUGAGCAGUUCUUUCACUGCCUUAAUUGCUGUCAACAAAGACGUCGGCAAAGCAGUUCAAGGACCUCUGGUGCGGAGGAAUAUCCCAACACCUUUCUAUGGAAUGACAAGUAGGAAUUUUUCUGCUUCAAGGAGUCCUGUGGUUACACAUGAGGCAGCAUCCCCACCACCCCGCAAAGACCCUCUGCUGCAGCUGGUGUCCCUGCAGAAGGCGUUUGGCUGCUGGCUGCUUGAUGCACAUCUGGCUGCAGCGCUGGGAAAGACCAGUGAGGAGGUGGAAAAGGCAAAGCCAGCAUCGGUCAACAGUGAAGUGUGGGCCUCCAUUCUGGCUCUGAUCUGGCUUCAUGGUUUUAAGAUGGAUGCAAAGGAGGAGUGGGAGCUCCUGACUCUGAAGGCUGCAUCCUGGAUCAAAGCUCAGAAUGCUCCAUGUGUGUCAGAGUGCGUUGAAGCUGGAAACACGCUGUUGGGCUGCAGCGUGAAGAAAGAAGAUCUGGGGCUCUGAGGUUUUCCAUGAAGAGACUUCAGCUUUACUUUGGAAGCACCUAAGUGCAGGAAGGAAAACUAUAAAGUUGUUGAUUGAUCAAGAUAAGCAGAUUUUGUCUGUCCUUAAAAACAUUAUACUGCAUUUAUUAAGGGUGUAAUGGUACAUAGAUUUGUACUAAACAUUUUCAGUACAGCCCUUUAGUUCAGCAUACAGCCUUUUUUAAACAUGAACACAUACAGAACGUUUUUUGUGCAACUAAAAUGCUCAACAGUGAAGAAAACGGUGGUGAAAAAGUUAAAUUAACUAAGCUUUUUUCAGCAUUAAUAAGGUUAAUACAUCCUUGCUAUGCUGCACAUAAUUACUCACCUAAAAUGAUUUCAACGUGAAUAUAAACAUGACAGCUAAAGUCUAAUUCUACCUGUUGGUUGCAUUCAGCUGGCCCAAAAUGGUGCACAGCAAAUGGCAGACAGCAAUACAUCAAUGACAAAAUCCAACCACAUCUCCAGGCAAUUCUAAACCAGCCCAUUUUGAAAUUGUAUAAUAUAAUUAAAUCUAAUUAUUUUCAAACAAACAUCUCGUUCACUACUGAGUACAGUUAAAAAAGACAACCGUUUUUUUUUUCUCUUGAUUAAAGAACACAGAAAAUUCACCAAACAACUUCAAAAGCAGAGUAACAUACCAAAUAGUUUUUUUAUGUGUUUAAAAUUACACCCCAAGAAUUUGGCUGUGUUUCUACUUGUGUAUCUGUCAAAGUGGCUUUGUAUAUUUGCACUCUAUGUAUUUGCAAAAGUGAUGAAAAAUGUAUUUUUUUAUUUGCUGCAAGUUCAACAUCUCUACAUUUGAAGCAAUUGUGUCUAAAAGGAAUAAAAACAAAACUAAAAAUACCAACUGUGUAACUGUCAGUAAAAAGGGCAAUUCCAUGACUCACAGGCAGGGGUGGAAAGUAAUUAGUUAUAUUUACUGGUGUUACAGUAAUUAAGUAAAAUUGUUUACUUUUUAGUUUUUAAGUAGUAUACAAAAGG